CGGGCGGUGGCAGGGCCGGGGGCCGCGGCCGGGCAAAGCCUGGUCCACGUCCAUUCCACCCUCCAAGCUAGGCCAGGCCUUGCUCACCGCCGAGACCCCCGGUCCCGCAUUAAAGGUUCUAGAGGGGCGCGGGCCAGGCCUCGGGUCGCGCAGGGCGCGGACCCGCCUUCGCGGAGUCGGGGUCCGCAGCGGGGCAGGGACCCGCGUGGAGAACAGUGUUCCCCUGGAUCUGGGUCAUGUCUCCUGGCGUCCGGCGGGAUCGAAGGAGAGCUUGUCCUCGAGCUGCAGCAGUAGAUACUGAGAAAACAGAGAAUUGGAACUCCCCCCAAACCCUUGGUUGGGGGCAAAGUGACCCCUUCAGUAGCCUACAACCCUGCUGGGACCUUCCAAUGCCCACUCUCCAUGGAAUUUGCCUUUGAUGCAGAAAGGCACGUGGCCCGUGACCCAUCCCUCCCUCUGACUUCUGAGCUGUGAUUCCAUGGCCACACAACCUUGUGGCUCCAUGUCCCCCCCAUUCCAGGAUCCUCCAUGGCCCCAUGACUACUUGAUCUCCAUGGCCUCCUGACCCCUGACCUUCCAUGUGAUCACGACCUGGACUUUGAUCCCAGUGAUUGCUCUUCCCCUCCUGUCCUGUGACUCUGGCCCCGGCUGCUUUUGGGGUCUUGUUAGUCUGAACUUCCCCAGGAAGAUGUGGGGGAGGCUCUGGCCCCUUCUCUUCACUUUCCUCACAGUAACAGCAGUCCCUGGACCCUCACUGCGGAGACCAUCCCGAGAGCUAGAUGCCACCCCUCGGAUGACCAUCUCCUAUGAAGAGCUCUCCCGGAUCCGGCACUUCAAGGGCCAAGCCCAGAACUACUCAACGCUCCUGCUGGAGGAGGCUUCGGAAAGGCUGCUGGUGGGGGCUCGAGGCGCCCUGUUCUCUCUCAGUGCCCGUGACAUAGGAGAUGGGGCUCACAAAGAGAUCCACUGGGAGGCCUCCCCAGAGAUGCAAAGCAAGUGUCAUCAGAAAGGGAAAAACAACCAGACCGAGUGUUUCAACCAUGUGCGAUUCCUUCAGCGCCUCAAUGCCACCCACUUUUAUGCAUGUGGGACCCACGCCUUCCAGCCCCUCUGUGCAGCCAUUGAUGCUGAGGCCUUCAUCUUGCCUACUAGCUUCGAGGAGGGAAAGGAGAAAUGUCCUUAUGACCCAGCCCGUGGCUUCACAGGCCUUAUCAUCGAUGGAGGCCUCUACACAGCCACACGGUAUGAAUUCCGGAGCAUUCCUGACAUCCGCCGGAGCCGCCACCCACACUCCCUGAGGACUGAGGAGGCGCCCAUGCACUGGCUCAAUGAUGCUGAGUUUGUAUUCUCUGCUCUGGUGCGGGAGAGCAAGGCCAGUGCCGUGGGUGACGAUGACAAGAUUUACUACUUCUUCAUGGAGCGUGAGGAAGGCUCCAGCGGCUUCAGUCAGGGUCGCAGCAGCCACCGUGUGGCUAGAGUCGCCCGUGUGUGCAAGGGAGAUCUGGGAGGAAAAAAGAUCCUGCAGAAGAAGUGGACAUCCUUCCUGAAGGCUCGUCUCAUCUGCCACAUUCCACAGUACGAGACACUACGUGGGGUCUGCAGCCUGGAUGCAGAUUCAUCGGCCCCCACACACUUCUAUGCAGUCUUCACGCUGACAACACAGUGGAAGACCCUGGAGGCUUCAGCCAUCUGCCGCUAUGACCUGGCUGAGAUGCAGGCUGUCUUCACAGGCCCCUUCAUGGAGUACCAAGAUGGUGCCCGCCGCUGGGGUCGUUAUGAGGGUGGGGUGCCUGAACCCCGACCUGGCUCGUGCAUUACAGAUUCAUUGCGCAGUCGAGGCUACAACUCAUCCCAAGACUUGCCAUCCCUGGUCCUGGACUUUGUGAAGUUGCACCCACUGAUGGCUCGGCCUGUGGUGCCCACACGUGGGCGUCCCCUGCUGCUGAAGCGCAAUGUACGCUACACACAUCUCACAGGAACACACGUCGUCACACCUGCUGGACCCACCUAUGACCUGCUCUUUCUGGGCACAGCUGAUGGCUGGAUCCACAAGGCCGUAGUCCUGGGCUCUGGGAUGCACAUUAUCGAAGAGACACAAGUGUUCAGGGAGCCCCAGUCUGUGGACAAUCUAGUCGUCUCUCCGAUGCAGCACAGCCUCUACGUGGGAGCUGCCAGUGGAGUUAUCCAGUUCCCUCUGUCCAGCUGCUCACGCUACCAUUCCUGCUAUGACUGCAUCCUAGCACGGGACCCCUACUGUGGCUGGGACUCCAGCACCCACGCCUGCAUGGUGGCCACCACCAUAGCCAACAGGACAGCAUUGAUACAGGACAUAGAGAGAGGAAAUCGAGGCUGUGAGGGCAGCAGGGAUACAGGACCACCACCACCACUCAAGACCCGCUCUGUGCUCCGGGGUGAUGAUGUCCUCCUGCCCUGUGACCAGCCAUCUAACCUGGCCCGAGCUUUGUGGCUACUCAAUGGGAGCAAGAUCCUGAGUGAUGGGCAGGACGGCUACCGAGUAGGAGUGGAUGGGCUGCUGGUAACAGACACACAACUGGAGCACAGUGGCAGCUACGGCUGCUAUGCUGAGGAGAAUGGUCUCCGGAUGCUGCUGGCUUCCUACAGCCUCACAGUCCGGCCGGCUACCCCUGCCCCAGCUCCACAAGCCCCUGCCACACAUGGGGCCCAGCUGGCACAUGACAUGAGGGUGUUGUAUGUGGUGGCCAUUGCUGUACUUGGUGGCCUCUGCCUCAUCCUGGCAUCUUCCCUCCUCUAUGUGGCAUGUCUGAGGGGAGGCAGGCGAGGUCGAAGGCGAAAAUACUCAUUGGGUCGGGCUGGCCGGGCAGGGGGCUCCGCUGUGCAGCUGCAGACAGUCUCAGGCCAGUGUCCUGGAGAGGAGGAUGAAGGUGACGAGGGGGAGGGGGCUGGGGGCCUGGAGAGUGGCUGCCUCCAGAUCAUCCCUGGGGAAGGAGCCCCAGCCCCACCCCCUCCACCCCCACCCCCACCCCCGGCUGAGCUGACCAAUGGAUUGGUGGCACUGCCCAGCCGCCUUCGGAGGAUGAAUGGCAAUAGUUAUGUGCUCCUGAGGCAGAGCAACAAUGGAGUGCCAGCAGGACCUUGCUCCUUUGCCGAGGAGCUCAGCCGCAUCCUGGAGAAGAGGAAACACACACAGCUUGUAGAGCAGCUAGAUGAGAGCUCUGUCUGAGCCUAGCCUCCUAAACAAAUGCUCUUCCAAGCCAGCCUGUCUGCCCCAGGCUGGGCCUCUGCCUCCCCAACACAGCCACCCUCCUUCAUGCUCCCAGCUCCACUCCCCUCCCCCAACCUUUUGAUGUCUCUGUAGGGCUGGCCAGAAUCAUGGUUAGCCAAAAUCCCCUCUUCAGUCUCCAAGGCACACAUGUGAGCAGCCCAGGCCUACCGGUGCUCCUCAAAGGUAGGUGCUCCCUCAGGACCAAGUACUCUGCAAACCCAGACCCAGUUUCUAUCCCUUAACCUAAGAGCUUGGGAGGAGUGGACUGUCUUCCUACCCCAUUACCUGCCCAACCUUCCUCUUCUUCUCAGGUAGGGUUCUGCAGGUCCAGAUGGCCUCAAUGUCACCACCCUCUGCAUAGCUCUGUGUGCUGGGUAGUCCUGAAUUCAGACAAGACCUCUCUCUCUCCCAGCCACCUGAGUCCUGCUUACAUUCCCAUGUGCACACGGAAGAAUGGUUACCAGCUGGGCUGCAGUGCCCUGCCUCGUGGGGCACCUUGUUUCAUUCCUUCUAGAUUCGGGACCACCCUCCCAAUUGUCACCUUCCUAUCUAGUCCUCUUUCAGUCCCAGCCCCAUGUGGUAACCCUUUGGCAGGAGUCUGGGAAUAGGCCAGCCUGGGAGGUAAGAAACAUCCCUCCCCUCCUCUCCCUUCCUGUGUAGCCCUUGUGAGUCAGCCUCCCCACUGCUCUCAUUCACAUGCGAGAGUGCCAGAGCUCCAGGCACGUCCUUCUCCUGUGCAUGUGUGGUGACACACUCAUGUCAUCUGCUUCCAUUCCCACCCACAUGCACACUCGGAAGCUCCCCUUGCUGCCUCAGUCAGACCUGUGUCUACUAGGUUUGGUCCAUGGAUAUUUCAAAGGGAGACGUCCCCUCCCAUUUAGCUGUCCUUACGAAACUAGGACAAGUGGCCAACACUGCACUCAAUGAGCCAGCCUCCCUCUUAGGGACCAAGCAAUUGCUUCUCCUAGACCAGAGCAGGGGAAGUGAUCCUACAUCUCACCUGGCACAUGAAGCCCGUUCUUGGAACUAUGCAAAGGGCAGAGGCUGGGAGUUUGGAUGCUUGGCUCCCACUCCUGUCCUACCUCACCAGGGCACUUUCAAGGUCCAAGGGCCUCAGAUGUCUCCAGGCCCGUAUGGGACAAUCAACUCUGACUGAGCUCUCCCAUUCCCCUUGGGUGAGGAUGACUGUUAUUUUUGUAGCUGAGAACGUGGAACUCCACGAGUUUUUACUGCCCUUCACCCACACCUCUCCCACCUCCACCCCACAAUGAAUGUAUUUAUUGUAAGAAUGGCUGUACUUCUUGAGGAAUGCCCCCUCUCAUCACCCAGGUGGGUGGAACAGGCAUUGACGGAAUGGGGAGCCUGGGCUCUGCUCCUCCUCAUGUUGGUUAAUAAAAGCCCUUUCCCCACGGC